UCCACACGUCACAGUCUAACCCGGAAGUGCAGUGACAGCUCCUGUUAAAAAGCCUUCAUCCCUUUUGGCGGAAGACAGAAACAAAGCUUGCCAAGAAGCUCAGGCUUUGGACGGACAUGCAGUACUGACACACCUACAGACACAGAGACCUGACGGGCAGAGUCCAGCUGGCGAGUCAUGGCAGCAGCAAGUGAAACAGAUGUGCGAGGGACUUUGAUCUAGGGUGCCUGUAGCUGUUCUGGAGUCUGGAAUCUUCUUGUUGUGCUGGAUACAACUCUAUAUAAGAGGUGGCCAGCUGGACUGAUUAUUGACCUGUGCUACACGCCGCAUACCAUCACACCCACACCUGGCUGGUGCUGCUCCAGCCCCAUUCUGGUUAUCUUUGCAUUAAGGCUGGCAAUGUCUGGAGUCCCAAGUCCCCCUCCCCCGGCGGAAAUGUCCAGUGGUCCCGUGGCUGAGAGCUGGUGUUAUACUCAGAUCAAAGUGGUGAAGUUCUCCUACAUGUGGACCAUCAACAACUUCAGCUUCUGCCGCGAGGAGAUGGGAGAGGUCAUCAAAAGCUCCACUUUCUCUUCGGGAGCCAACGACAAACUCAAAUGGUGUUUGCGUGUGAACCCUAAAGGUCUGGAUGAGGAGAGUAAAGACUAUCUGUCACUUUACUUGCUCUUAGUCAGCUGCCCAAAAAGUGAGGUGCGCGCCAAGUUUAAGUUUUCUAUCCUCAAUGCCAAGGGAGAAGAGACCAAAGCCAUGGAGAGCCAGAGAGCGUACCGUUUCGUCCAGGGGAAGGAUUGGGGUUUCAAAAAGUUCAUAAGGAGGGAUUUCCUGCUCGAUGAGGCCAACGGUCUGCUGCCCGAUGACAAAUUAACACUUUUCUGUGAGGUAAGUGUGGUGCAGGACUCUGUCAACAUCUCAGGCCAGAACACAAUGAACAUGGUGAAGGUGCCUGACUGCAGGCUGGCUGAGGAGCUCGGAGAUCUGUGGGAGAACUCUCGAUUCACUGACUGCUCCCUGUGUGUCGCCGGGCAGAAGUUCCAGGCGCACAAAGCCAUCCUAGCAGCUCGCUCGCCGGUGUUCAGUGCCAUGUUUGAGCACGAGAUGGAAGAGAGCAAGAAGAACCGUGUGGAGAUAAAUGACGUGGAGCCAGAUGUCUUCAAAGAGAUGAUGUGCUUCAUCUACACAGGCAAGGCCCCCAACCUGGACAAGAUGGCUGAUGACCUGCUGGCUGCAGCUGACAAGUAUGCUUUGGAGAGGCUGAAGGUGAUGUGCGAGGACGCGCUGUGCACGAGUCUGAGUGUGGAGAACGCCGCUGAGAUCCUCAUCCUCGCCGACCUGCACAGCGCCGACCAGCUCAAGACGCAAGCUGUGGACUUCAUCAACUAUCAUGCAGCUGAUGUGAUGGAGACAUCGGCCUGGAAGUCCAUGGUGAUCUCUCACCCACGCCUGGUAGCAGAGGCCUAUCACUCCCUGGCCUCUGCUCAGUGCCCCUUCCUGGGCCCACCAAGAAAACGUCUUAAACAGUCCUAGUGGUUCGGAGAAACUCUGCUGUCCUAACCCUGCUGUGUCCUACCGCACCGGCAACCUCACUGCUCCUCCCUCCCAGUCCUCCUUUUUCUCCUACAGAUGCCCAAGACUGAAACCCAGGCUGAAGGGAGCUACUCAGCUGGGCAGACCAGAGAAUUACAGGACUGAUGCCACAGAGGAGCUACUACACAUCACUGUAGGUGGGGAUGGGGUGAAUUCUGUAAGAUCUGAACCUGGAUAUUUAUGGCUCGCAAGCUCAAAGCCUUGCGCAUUCCAUAUAUCCUUUAUCUAUGAUGUUGGAAAGCUAUAAACAAUACCUGCGAGUCCGCCACAUAAAGAACUGACUUUCUGGCUCGAAAGGAAAAGUCAGAGCUGACUCCCUGUAAAUAUAAUUCAAUGACAUAUUGUCUUGUACUGUGUUAAAGCCCUAAUUGUGCUUGUAAAAAGGCAAGUGAAGAGGAUCAACCAACCAGAGAGUGAAAGCCUAUUGUUCCCAUUGUUGAUGAUUUAAACACUGUUUGUACAGUAAAGUAUUGUUUUUCUAGAACACAAACAACUCUCAGUUUGAAUGAAAGAAGACAAAUCUGAACACGUUUUAAUGUUCACUAUGUAGCAUGUGCCUUAAACUGGGCAAACACUGUACAGAUUGGCAGAUUUUAGCCCUUAUCAUCCGCGACUGCCUCUAGAAUUGGGCCGAAAUUCUGUCGAAUUGGUUGUAAUUUAACGUGCAGUUUGAGGGGGGGGGGGUCACAAUGCCAUAUUAUUUACCCGAAGAAUCAGCGAUUAGACUGUCAGAUGAUCAGUUGGAGUUCUGGCUGAAAUUGUUGUCAUCUGUUUUGCAGUUUAAGCAGAUCCACAGUCAGAUUUCCCACAUGGCUGCUGUCAAGAUGCCAUGAUGAACUGUAGUGAACCUGAUUCAACAUCACUGGAGUUAGUACUUUACAUGUAGUCUUGACUGAGACUCUAGAUGGACUACUAUACCACGAUACAAUACUGUGAUAUAAAACUGCACUUCACCACAGAAUGGGCAAACCACGUUGUCUAAAUCUUCCAGCAAUCUGCGGCACGUUUUUAUUUAACAUUCACAGUAGAAUUGGGGGAAAAAAACCCACUAAUGCCAGCUUUCUGGCUUUUUCUUGUCAUUGUGGAGGAGGCAGUCAUUUGUUUGAAUAAACCUUAUUGGAAUUGGUCGAAUUGAUCCGAACUGUGAGAACAUAAAAGUUGCAGGUCCUAAUCGUAUAGAAAGGCAGAUUCAAUUGACUCUACUAGAAGAUUUAUGAAAAUGCACAGUGUUUGCCCGGCUUAAAAUAAUGAUGAUGAUCAUGAAAAAAAAACCUUUUUACUCACCUGUUACCACAAUACACCCCCUGUGACUGAAACAAUGUUUUGACUUCUGAACCAAUGAAACAAAGAUGUUUUGAAUUUC